CAUCCCACUAGAAGCUCAUCGAUACUGGAGCUCUUGAAACGACUGUAUUUUGCUUCUAAAGCUUACAACGUCUAAGAAUACUAUAGCCCAACUCCGAGACUUGCCAUCUCGAUUGCUUUUCACACAUUACAAUAUGUUUGCUCUGUACCUAACAGCUGACUUGCAAGGGGUCACAAACUUGCGCCCUGACGAUACUCAAGACAACCCUUUUUGGUACAUGUUCAAGGUUCAGUGUACUUCUUGUCGAGAGACUCAUGCCAACCAUGUUGGAGUCAACCGAUUUGAGACCAAUGAGAUGAGUGGAAGUCGAGGAGAGGCCAACUUUGUAUGGAAGUGCAAGAACUGCAAGCGAGAGUCAUCAGCCUCUGUCAAGGCUGGACCGUUCCCUUAUGAACAAACUGAGCCAGCCAAGCCUCAAAAGAUCCUCGAGUUUGACUGCAGAGGUCUGGAGUUCACCGAAUUCAAGGCUGAGGGUGAAUGGCUGGCCGAGGGCGCUGAGACAGGUACCAAGUUUACUGGUAUUGACUUGGAGGAGGGCGAGUGGUUCGAAUAUGACGAGAAGUCCAACGAGGAAGUCAGCAUCAAUGAAGUCAAGUGGGAAAUUCGCCGCUCUUGAGGUGACUUGGAGUUCGUGUUGACGUUGGGUUGAGCUGUCUGGUGUUUUGGAGCGUGCGGGCAGAGAGGUUGUAUUAUUUGAACAGGAUAGAAAAGCCAUAUAAAUGAGAUGAACUCGAGUAAGUUUGAGGAAUGAAAUUUCCCCUACAAUAUAGUCAUAACUAUACGUCAGU